AUGAGAAUUGAUACUCAACACGAUCAGAGCGAAAUAAUUGAAGAUGGUUUUCCUUCAGGCUGGUUCUACAUAAAGUCUCAACUGAAUAACCACAUUCUCGAGCCUACGCUUAUGUCAGUAAACAAUGACGCUACUAUAGUCAUCAAAGAGCAGCGUUUUGGUCUCGAUGCUGACAGUCAGUUAUGGUCAUUUGAUGAUGGGUUUCUUGUCAAUAAGGCAUCCGGCAAAGUCUUGGAACUCAAAGGAGGCUAUAUUCGCCGACUUCAUUGGACAUAUCUUUGUCAAUGGGACAGACGCUCAUCACCAGCCCCCCCUGCUCAACUUUGGCAUACUAGUAAUAAUUUUAUAAGCACAAAGGUCGCAGAUAACUUUGUAAUUGAAAUCAUGGAUAACUCGGUUGUGGUUUGGAAACAGAAAGAUGGUGAUAAUCUUAAUCAAAAAUGGACAUUCGAGCCCAUGAUGGCGAUAAAAGAGAAAAUAGUUGAUGACUUUGAAGGCGGCGUAGAAGUGACGAGAGGGAAGUGUAGCCACUUGGUGUUUGUGAAUAGAGCACAUGAGAUUGCCAUGUCAGGUGAUCUAGAAAACUUGCACAGCGAAGUUGUGGCCGGAGCAGCAGCAUAUAAAGCCAUUGAAGCAUGGAAUGAGAAAAGAGAGAGAGAGGGCCUCUCUUUAGACGAUCCUAUAUAUAAAGAGGUGCUAACUUUAGUUGCACAAGACCAUAUUGUGAAAUUGUUUAAGAAUGGCGUGAGCAAGGUUGGGAAUAUAGAGAAACUGAGUAAACGUACUAAAUUUGUGCGUGACAUUGUUCGGGAAGUAGCAGGAUUCGCACCAUAUGAGCGUAGGGUUAUGGAAUUGUUAAAGAAUUCUAAGGAUAAGAGGGCUAGAAAGUUGGCUAAAAAGAGGCUCGGAACUUUCACUCGAGCCAAAAGAAAGGUCGAAGAACUCAGUACCAUCAUUGCCGAGUCCCGUCGUGCUCAUUAG